CCCGACGGUGUUCGUGCACAAGGUCAAGAAAUGAAAGAUGCAGGAGUCACAGUCCAGAUCAACUUGACGGAAGGGUUCAAAUUCUCCAACACCCGAAACAAAUUCACUGCUAUCGGAUGCAACAUGGAGGCGUUCAUGUCCGAUUACGUAAACCCUAACGGUUUCCAGAGCGGGUGCAGCUCUGUGUGUGGCAAUAUCACCAAUGUGAUCAACGGAUCUUGUUCCGGCAUCGGAUGUUGCCAGACGUCCAUUCCUCGGGGUCUUGAUACGUUUCAAGUAAAACUCCAAAGCAACAGCUAUGAUGACUCCAAUUGCAGCUAUGCCUUCCUGGUUAAGGAUGAAUGGUUCAGUUUCAUGGAAUCAGAUAUAUGGGAUUUUAUAGGAAGAGUGCCAUAUAAGUUUGGGAAUCAGACGGGAACUCCAGUGGUGCUGGAGUGGAAGAUUGGGAACCAGACCUGUGGAGAUUCAAGCCUGCAGGUGAACUAUGCCUGUAGAGACAACACUGAAUGCAUUAAUUCUACCAGCGGCAGCGGAUAUCUGUGCCAUUGCAAGAAUGGCUACCAUGGCAAUCCUUAUCUGCCACAUGGAUGCCAAGACAUUGAUGAAUGCAAGAAUGCCACCCAUGACUGUGAAGGAUCGUGCGUGAAUACACUCGGAAGUUACAACUGCACUUGCCCAGAAGGAACUGUAGGUGAUGGUUACAAUUACAAGGUGAAUGGAACUGGUUGCACCCCAAUUUCCAAGAGUAAUAAGGUGCUACACAUCACUCUAGGUACAGGACUAGGUCUCCUCUUUGUUGUUAUUGGUAGCUCUUGGGUGCAUUUGGUUUUGCAGAAAAGAAAGGAAAGCAAAACGAGAGAAAAAUUCUUUAAACAAAAUGGAGGUUUAUUAUUACAUCAACUGCUUGGUUCAAGUGAACAGUCUUUAGAGACAAUGAAGAUUUUUACUUCAGAAGAGCUGAAAAAGGCAACUAACAACUAUGAUGAGAGUCGAAUACUUGGUCGUGGAGGUUAUGGCACAGUCUAUAAAGGAGUAUUACAAGACAAUAGAAUAGUUGCCAUUAAGAAAUCCAAAAUAAUUGAUAAAGACCAAAUUGAGCAAUUUAUAAAUGAAGUUCUCAUUCUCUCCCAAGUCAACCAUAGGAAUGUGGUGAAGUUACUAGGCUGUUGUUUAGAAACUGAAGUUCCAUUACUAGUUUAUGAGUUUAUCUCUAAUGGGACCUUAUUUCACCAUAUUCACACUGAGAAUAAAGAGUUGCAGCUUUCAUGGAAAGAUAGAUUAAGGAUAGCUGCUGAAACUGCAGGAGCACUUGCUUAUUUGCAUUCUGCGGCUUCUCCACCAAUCAUUCAUAGAGAUGUCAAGUCUGCCAAUAUACUUUUAGAUGGUAAUCACACUGCAAAAGUUUCAGAUUUUGGUGCUUCAAGGUUAGUUCCACAGGAUCAAAUGCAAUUAACUACAUUGGUACAAGGCACUCUAGGGUAUUUAGACCCAGAAUACCUGUAUACAAGUCAAUUAACAGAGAAGAGCGAUGUAUAUAGCUUUGGCGUGGUCCUUGUGGAGUUACUUACAGGAAGAAAGGCUCUUUCUUUUGAGAAACCUGAAGAAGAGAGGAACCUAGCAAUGCAUUUUGUUUCAUCAAUGAGAAGGAAUCGACUCUUUGAUAUUCUAGAUGAUCGAGUAAUGCAUGAAGGGAGUCGUGCACAACUCCAAGAAGUUGCUGAACUUGCAAAAAAAUGCUUAAAGUUGAAUGGAGAAGAGAGACCAACAAUGAAAGAAGUCGCAAUGGAACUAGUAGGGUUGCAAACAGUUGGAAUGCAUCCAUGGGUCAAUCAAUAUCCUACAGAAACUGAGCAUUUUCUAAGUGAAUAUGAAGACUCAAGUUACAAUGGCACCAUUGAAUUUGACAGCCUGAACAGUUAUGGUUUUAAUUGAUUCCAGGAGAUAGUUUCCAAGUACUUUAUCUUCCUUCACAAUAAAUACAAUGGUGAAGAACCUUACAUAUGUGUUAACA